AUGGCAAACCAAACAAGCAUCUGGCGAUCAAUCUCCUGGUCCAAGAAAAACAAAAGCAAACCCCCAAAUAAAGAUCUGCCAGAACUCGACACCUCACUCGCAAAUGCAAAGAUAAACUCUACUACUGAUCCUCUUACUCCUCCGGCGUAUUUUGAAGCUAUUUCUCCUCGAACAGUCGUGGAUACUAAUAGAAGGGUUGGAUAUGGAGGUCUUAUUACACCGCCACCGUCUCCGGAAGGCGGAAUAUCUGUGGAUCGGGAGUUUGGGGUUGGUUAUGAAGAUGGAGGUAGAGAUGGAGGUGGUGGAGUUGGAGAUGGAGAAGGGAGUGGAGAUCGAGAAGGAAGUGGAGAAGGGAGUGGAGUUGGAGAAGGAAGUAGCGGAAGAAAUGGAAGCAGUCAAGAAAAUGAAAAAUCCUUUCAACGGAGUAUAGAUAGAGAUAUCAAGCGGAUGGUCGAAGGACCCGAUACACCGAAUCCAGUUUCUAGCGAGUACACAGAAGAGGUUUUUGAGCUGGCUGAUGGUGAGAAAGGGGGGAAGAGGAGUAUCUGGAGAAAUCUUUGGAGAGGAAUAGGGAUAGGAAAAGGAAAGGCGAAUGAUGGAUCACCAAGCGAUUCGGUGCAAUUCAAUACGGUUAAAUGGGACCCGAAAGAGAUGGGUAAUGAUGAGGGACAGGACAAAGAGAAAAAGGGUGUGAAGCAGAGGAGCAAAAGUGAUGGUCAAGCUAAGCGACCUAAAAAUAUAGGAGGAAAGGAGGAAAUAAGUGUAAAGAGGCGGUGGACAUUCCCUGGUUUCAGGAAGAAUACUCUUGGGGCCGUAGGGGCGGAGGGAGUUGAAGGUGAAUCCGAACGAUUGGAGAGGGAGAGGAAAGAGGAGAGACAAAAGAGAAGUAUUGAGCACAAAAAGAAGUACCCUAAUAGUGUUCUUGAUGAUAUUAAAGACGAAUACAGUGAUUAUAAAAAAAUUGCCUCAAGCCAAUUAGAUGAGUUUGUGCAGGCUGGAAAGAAUCUCGAGGCCGAAGCAAAAGCCAAAGCAGCAGCCAAAGCCAAAGCCAAAGCUAGGGUGCCAAGUCGUGUACCUUGA